UCCUAAAUUUCGAAACUUAACACUUAAAAAUGUGGAGAUAUUUUUGUACCGUUUUCAUAUUAACCACGGCAAUUUCGAAAAAUGUUGCUUUCCCUCAGAAGCCGUAUCAACCAUUUGAAUUUUCUUCAGCUGAUGGAUUCCUAUUUCCUGGAUCUGUUAAUUCAAAUAGACCCAGUAGUGGUAUUGUUCGUCCUCAAGGUAUCAACAAAAAUCGUGAAAGAGUUACAUCACCUCCUAUGAACGGAAAUCCUCAAAAUUUUCAACAAUGUUUCAAUAAUUGUCCCACAACCUCACAGUUCAAUCCAAUUUGUGGAACAGAUGGCGUCGAUUAUGAAAAUCAGGGAAAAUUGAAAUGUGCCCAAUAUUGUGGAAAAACCAGUGUGGGAUUGGCUUUCCUCGGAAGAUGUCAACCCCUUUUACCAUCGGUUGGAUAAACAAAUUAAGGAUAGUAUUGCAGAUAAAAAUAUUAUUUUUGAAUAAAUAUUUGUACAAAUAAGUUGAUAAGUUUCAAUUUUUUUUAAUAAUUA